CACCCGAUCAUUCGGUCCUUGCGCAGUGCCAUCAACUUGCGUCUCAGAGCGCAGCAUAUUCAUGGCUGCUCUUGCCUCCUUCCACUGCUAGCAUGCUCGCCGUCGUACAUCGAAUCCCUAUUUCAUUCCGUCUUCAACAUUGUGUCUCAGGUGGACCCGCGGAAACUCGAGCAUCUGAGACAUGACCGAUGGUCAGAACCCAGAGACAUCCGCGGGCACGCCCGCACAUCCCUUGCUCACCACCACGAUCAUUUCUGCGCCAUGUCAGCCUCUUUUGAUGCGCAAGCUUUCGUGCGAUACUCGUUGGGGGGCCGGGACCUGUCGACAAACCUGUGUCUCAUACUACAAGGCGUGUUGCUGGGGCAGUUCGCCCGGUACAUCUCGAAUGGAUUCCACCGCUCCGAUCCGACCAUAAUGCGGGUGUGGCUGGUGGGGCUGCUGUUUCUCACGCUGGGGAAGAACCUGUCCGACUUGUAUGUCACGCACCGUCAGAACACGACACGGUUCCUCGAUGCAUCCGGCGUGCUCAUGGACUAUAUCUCCCUCAAAGGCCAAGCGAGCUACUUGGUGAACGUCGUUCUUGUGUUUUACGUCCAGAUCUUCUUCUGUUGGCGGCUUUGGACACUUUGCAGAAGAAUCUGGCUGCCAUCGCUGAUUGCUCUGUCAUUCGUCGGGGCUGCUAUCGCAGGAAUCCUCUCUGUUCCCGCGACACAUGCGAAAUAUGUGCUCCGAUGGUCCGCAGCAUGUUAUAUCAUCUAUUUCGCGGGCGAUCUGAUCCUCUGCGCAUCAAUGAUGUACCAUCUCCUCAUAAGCACUGAUGCCAGGUCAAGCCAACUCUUCCGCGACACAGCAAACGUUCUUGCCCGGAUCGCCCGAAUCACGAUCCAAUCCGCACUCCCGGCGGUCAUCUGCGCGCUGGUCGAUCUCAUCGCGUCGCAGAUAAAUCAGAACUACUACGCCCUCGACGUCGCGACGACGCUGACGAUUAUCACGACGCACGUGCUCCCGAUGUGUUACGCACUGUCGUCGCUUUGGACGUUAAAUUCGAGGAUGGGCUGGAGACGGGCGGGGGAAACAAGGGACGCAGCGAGUUCCAGAGGAUGUUCAGUCGAAGCGCCGUAAUUGAUGACGGGCGGCUCGCUCGAGUCUACGUGGAUUGUACGUCCGCGAGGUGCUGCGUGGGAAAAAGGAAAGGGCUGGUUAAUGAUUGGCGUGCGCGAUGUUCGUUUUAUGGCAGAAUGCUGAGAUUCCUUGCGUGAGGUUGCUCUCAACAAGCUGUGCCGAGGAAAAAGUGCAAUGGCCUCGACCGCGAAAUGAACGCGGGACCACUUCCACCCUCACACUCAGACGCCCUAAGGAAGUAUCAUACGACUAGGCCAUUAAGGCAGCGGAGCCGUUGCUCCCCGAAUCACCCUGCACUCUCAAAGAUGAAACAUUUCCUUCGUACUCUCACAGAUGAAAUAUUUCCUUCGUAAUGUACGAAAGCCUCAUCCGGUCCGGUAAGCAUCCAGGAGAUUAUGAAAUUGAGGUCUCCAAACACUCGAAUGACCGCAUGACUCGGCAAACUUUCCAGCUUUCAAAGCAUUUGCAAGACGAUCAGUUUGAGACUCAGAGUUCCCGUGUCUUCCCAGACAUGUUCCUAUCCUUUUCAUACGCAGGGCCGUUCGGCAUCAGCCCUGAGCACUGAUGGAUUUUCCUUCUAUGGUGUACCAAAAAUUCAAGACUAGAAGCGCCACGGGGGAUUGAGUCCAAAAGUUCACGAUAAUCAGAUAAAAUUCGGUCAAUCAAGAACUCGGCACGAUUCCACAGUGGUUUUCAACAUCCCUUACAUGACUUCACGCAUUAUACGAUAGCUCACAGAGCAUUGCUUUCUUUUCGCCACCGGUCGUGCCAGGCCGCCCC